UUUUUUUCUAUACUCUUUGCAUAUCCUGCUAUCUAUAAAUGUCUAAUCCUAGUCCCGCCAAAUUAAGCAGCAAACCGGAAGCCUCCAAUCCAAGAUUACAAUAAAAAUGAGGCUUCCAGUUGGGGCAGCAAGACCAACCACUUUACCUUAUUCUGCUUCAAAACACCUGGAACUCACUCUUCACUCUCCCGCUUACUAUUCCCAUCUAUCUCCACCAUUGCAAAACUAUACCAAGCUUUCAAUGCCUCGUUUCGACUAUCCGGUCCAUCUCAUUUGCCAUCUCGCAACUAAUUAUUCUGCUAAACUGGGUAAGAAAUGGCAGGAAUAUCAAGGAAUCAAUAAUUGGGAGGGCUUGCUUGACCCCCUUGAUGAUAAACUACGACGCGAGAUUUUACGUUACGGUCAAUUUGUUGAAGCAGCUUACCGUUCUUUUGACUUCGACCCUUCUUCACCUACUUAUGCCACCU